AUGGAAGAGACCGAAGAGGAUGCUGCGCUGAGACCAAACCAUUUUGCUACAACGCUAACUGGUCUACAUUUUGCCACAACCACGUUGAUGACUGUUGUUCUUAGGUGGUUGGGAUAUAUCCAGGCUUCCCAUAUACCAUUGUCUGAGCUUCUGAAAUUCGUUUUGUUUGCAAACUUCUCCAUUGUGGGAAUGAAUGUGAGUUUAAUGUGGAACUCUGUGGGAUUCUAUCAGAUUGCGAAGCUAAUUAUGAUCCCAGUAUCUUGUUUUCUCGAAAUUGUCUUAGACAAUGUGAGAUAUUCAAGGGACACCAAGCUUAGCAUAGUGUUAGUGCUUUUGGGUGUUGCAGUCUGCACUGUUACUGAUGUGAGUGUCAAUGCCAAGGGUUUUGUUGCUGCAUUUGUAGCAGUUUGGGGCACUUCUCUACAGCAAUAUUAUGUACAUUUUCUCCAAAGGAAGUAUUCGCUGGGAUCCUUCAAUCUAUUAGGGCACACUGCACCAGCACAGGCUGCAUCUCUGCUCUUACUAGGUCCCUUUUUGGACUAUUGGCUGACGAAGAAAAGGGUCGACUCCUAUCCAUAUAGUUUCUCGUCUGUGUUUUUCAUAGUCCUGUCAUGUACCAUUGCGAUAGGAACCAAUCUCAGCCAAUUCAUCUGCAUUGGUAGAUUCACAGCAGUGUCAUUCCAAGUGCUUGGCCACAUGAAAACUAUUUUAGUCCUGAUCUUAGGAUUCUUCUUUUUUGGGAAAGAGGGCCUCAAUCUACAUGUAAUUCUAGGGAUGAUCAUUGCAGUGGCUGGAAUGGUUUGGUAUGGCAAUGCCUCAUCUAAGCCUGGAGGAAAAGAGCGGAGAAACUCUACACCAAGCAGCAAACCUGAAAAAGAAAAUGGGUUAUCUCAAUCCAGUGAGCCUGACGAGAAGGUCUAG